GUGUCCCUCCUGCAGAUGCAGCUGGCACAAGAUUGCUGUGCCAAGACCAGCCAGGAGCUGUCAGACCUUCACCACGAGCUGUCUUACUCCGUAACAGCUGCGGUCAGGGAGCCCAAAGCUGCUGUUCUGGAAGCAGAGACUCGGAAGCUGGUGCACGCUGUUGAGAUCCACGAUCUGCAGAGCUUCGGACUUGAUAAUAUCAAUGUGACGCACUAUAUCAAACAUCUCUCAUUUGGAAGGGAUUAUCCAGGCAUUGUGAACCCUCUGGAUGGGACGGACAUCACUGCACAGCAAGCUUCCAUGAUGUUUCAGUACUUUGUCAAAGUGGUCCCCACGGUGUAUAUGAAAGUAGAUGGUGAAGUGGUAAGGACUAACCAGUUUUCAGUUACGCGACGUGAGAAAAUAGCCAAUGGGCUACUAGGAGACCAGGGUCUGCCUGGUGUAUUUGUGCUAUAUGAACUUUUGCCCAUGAUGGUGAAGCUGACAGAGGAACACAGGUCCUUUACGCACUUUCUCACGGGAGUUUGUGCCAUCGUUGGAGGCAUAUUUACAGUUGCAGGAUUCAUUGACUCCUUGAUCUAUCACUCAGCACGUGCCAUCCAGAAGAAAAUUGAACUUGGGAAGACAACGUAAAUAAGCAACGACCUCACCCCACAAAAAAACUCUUAAGGAGAACUAAAAAGGUCUUUUGAAACACAAGUGAUCUUCGAGUGCACAAGAGAAGAGGUUUGGAAUUACCAGAUGGCCCUGACUGCUCUUAAGUUACUGUCCCAUCAUUCUUUGUUUGGCAUUAAUUUGUGAACCUUGCUGCUAUGAAGAUUAGCCAUCUUGUCUGGCUGUGCAGACCCUACUGUAAAAACCCUUUUGUGUCAGUCCAUGUUCAUCCAGUUCCGCCCCGUCCCCCCC